CAUUUCUCAAUUCGACAGCACCUUAUAUUCCAUCUUCAUCCCUUCCUCCCUUUCCUCCUCCUCCUCCACUUCUUCUUAGUAAUGGCCUCAGCACAGACCCUCCCAUUCUUCUUGUGGGUCGUCAUCCUCAUUGCUCCAUUGCUGACAACACCAUCCAAAACCCAGUCUCCGGCCCCCGGUGAGAUCUUCUCCCGCGGCUUCACCGCCGCCAACCUGAGCUUCGGCGGCGGAGCCGAGGUCCUGCAGAAUGGCAUCCUCCGCCUCACCAACGACUCCCUCCGGGCCCUCGGCCACGCCUUCUACUCCUCCCCGGUCCGAUUCAAGAACCCCUCCGGUGGCCGGGCUGCCUCUUUCUCCACCGCCUUCGCCUUCUCAAUUGUCCCCCAGUACCCGAGCCUCGGCGGACACGGGUUCACCUUCGCGAUCUCGCGCUCGAGGGAGCUCCCCGGGGCCCUCCCGAGCCAGUACCUCGGGCUAAUGAACUCGUCGGAUCUGGGCAACUUCUCGAACCAUAUCUUCGCGGUCGAGUUCGACACGGUCCAGGACUACGACUUCGCGGACAUCAACGAUAACCACAUCGGGGUCGACAUCAACAGCCUCGCGUCGAAUAAGUCCGUCACAGCCGGGAUUUUCGCAGAGAACAACUCGACCCUGAAGGAGAUUUAUCUCAAGAGUGGUGCAGUAAUACAAGCUUGGGUGGAUUAUGAUUCCCUGAAGAAUCAAUUAGAUGUGAGGAUCUCCAAAUCUUCUGUUAAGCCGACAAGAGCAGUCCUGUCUUUCAAUGUGGACUUGAGUGAGGUCUUUGAGGAUUACAUGUUUGUUGGGUUCACUGCCUCAACAGGGCUGCUUGCGAGCUGCCAUUACAUAAUGGGUUGGAGCUUUUCAAUCAAUGGACAGGCCAAGUCCUUAGAUCUUUCCUCUCUCCCUUCUCUUCCAAGCUCUGAUGGAAACGGCCAUAAAGGUCUAAUCUUGGGUGUUUCGUUUUCGGCUUCUGCGGCGAUGAUCUUGUUGGCCUCUGUCGCCUUUUACAUCGUCCGCAAGACCUGGAAUUCUGAUGUGAUUGAACCUUGGGAGCUCGAAGUGGGGCCCCACCGAUUCCCUUACGAGGAGCUCCGGAAGGCCACCCACGGUUUCCGGGAUAAGGAGCUGCUCGGGUUUGGUGGGUUCGGUCGGGUUUACAGGGGGAUUCUCCCGAACAGCAAUACCCAGGUCGCUGUUAAACGAAUCCUAAAUGGGUCGAAGCAGGGCCUGCAGGAUUUCGUGUCGGAGGUUUCUACUAUCGGGCGGCUCCGUCACCGGAACUUAGUCCAGUUACUUGGGUGGUGCAGGAGAAGGAGUGAUCUCUUGCUCGUUUACGACUUUAUGCCUAAUGGGAGCUUAGACAAGUACUUGUUUGACGAACCCAAGAGCAUCCUCAGUUGGGAGCAGAGGUUCAAGAUCAUUAAAGGUGUGGCCUCAGGAUUGCUGUACUUGCACGAGGAGUGGGAGCAGGCCGUGAUUCAUCGUGAUAUUAAGGCCGCGAAUGUGUUGUUAGAUGCGGAGCUCAAUGGUAGACUGGGGGAUUUCGGGCUCGCAAAGUUGUAUGAGCAUGGGGCGAACCCGACCACGACUCGAGUCGUGGGAACAUUGGGUUACCUCGCACCAGAGCUCACCAAAACAGGCAAGCCAACAACGGCAUCGGACGUGUUUGCCUUUGGGGCAUUGUUGUUGGAAGUCGUGUGUGGGAGGAGGCCCGUUGAGCAGAAGGCCUUGCCCGAGGAGCUCAUACUGGUGGACUGGGUGUGGGAGAAGUGGACCCUCGGAUCGAUCCUCGAGGUCGUGGACCCGAGGCUGGGCGGCCAGUUCAAUGAGGUAGAGGCUGUUAUGCUGCUGAAACUGGGUCUGAUAUGCUCAAACAGCUCGCCCCAGAUUCGGCCCUCGACGAGGCAGGUGGUGCGGUACUUGGAGGGUGAGCUCGUGUUGCCGGAAAAAGCCUUGCCACCAGACGGUAACUACGAUAUCAAGAAGGGAUCUGGCGGUGGCACAGGACUCGAUGAUUGUACCCAUUCCUAUCGGUCUUCCUCAUACUAUGACAAGGUUACCAUGUGGUCUUCCACGAUGGAUGAGGGGGAUCACGAUCUCGAAGCGGGUCUCACUUCGCCAGCUUCGGGUUCGAGUAUAAGUGAUUGUAGGUAGCAUUAGCGAAGGGACAGUUAGAUGUUGUUGUCCCUUGUUUCACUAACAUUAGUCAUGUGAUCAUAUUGUUUCACUUUUUUUUUAAAUUUUUUUUCCCUGUAUAUGAGACAUACUAUAUGAUAUACCAUUUUGAUGUAGAUAAAAUUGACGUGUAGAGUACACAAUUAUUCCGUGGAUUGGGGUCCAAAAAA